GCCCCCUCGGCCUCACUUCCCUCGCCCCUGCGUGCCGUGUGCAAAGGAAAAACAGCCGUUAAACGGGCCGCGGGGCGGGGCCAGCCAGCCGAGGAGACAAGAAGCGAUGGCGGGAUUGGUCGGGGCGGGAGGUUCAAACUAGCAUGGAGCGGCCUGAUUGGCUUGGAGCGGCCGCGGCAGGCCAGGCUCCCUCCUCGCGCUCAGGCGGUUUAUUGUCUCGCGGCUCCUGAGGCGGCUCUAGCGCGGCGGAAUCGGGACCGGACCUCGCACGGAAGCGGCGAAACCAUGGCUGGUGGCAAGGCUGGAAAGGACAGUGGAAAGGCCAAGGCGAAGGCAGUUUCUCGCUCACAAAGAGCAGGACUGCAGUUCCCAGUGGGUCGUAUCCACAGACACUUGAAGACUCGCACUACGAGUCAUGGGCGAGUUGGUGCUACUGCUGCAGUGUACAGUGCUGCAAUUCUUGAGUAUCUCACUGCUGAGGUGCUGGAGUUGGCAGGUAAUGCCUCCAAGGAUCUCAAAGUAAAGCGUAUCACUCCUCGUCACUUGCAACUUGCUAUUCGUGGGGAUGAAGAGUUGGAUUCCCUUAUUAAAGCUACCAUUGCUGGUGGAGGUGUAAUCCCUCACAUCCAUAAGUCUCUGAUUGGAAAGAAGGGACAGCAGAAAACUGCAUAGAGAGGAGUUUUAACCAACCCUCUUCCUCCCUGUCAUUGUACUGUAACUGGGACAGAAGAAAUAUGGGGAUAUGUGGAAUUUUUUAAGAAAUAGUUAAAUGGAAGAGCAUAGACAAUUGACUGUAGACAUGAGAAAACAUUUGUAUGUUCUUUAGAUUCAAAGUUUGACAAAAAGUAUCUUGUCAUGUGGCAGCAAUUCGUGUGUUGAUUGGCUAGGUUUCUCCCGUGUGUUUUAUACAAAAAUGGAACUGAUAAAACCAUUUUUUACAAAAUUUGCUCUCGUGGUGUUCAGGUGCAAAAAUCAUGUAGUAGAGACUUCACAUCUUCUCUGUGAAGCUGGCUCCCUCAAACUCCACUGGACUAGGUAUACAGGCAAAAGCUCUUUCCCUCUUUAGAUCAGCCACAUCCAUGACUACUUCACUUGGAUGGUUUGUAAUAUAACCUGUUGAAUGGCAUGGGCAAUCUUGGUAGCAAAUGAGUAAACUUUUAAUGGUGCAAAAAAAAUUGAA